AUGUAUCUCUCCACGACCAGUGCCCGGUCUAAGCUCCUCAGUGCUUGCGGCCCCCAUUUCAAUAUCAUCGUAAUGAUGAUCGCUCGCUCCCGAGCUGACGUGGGUGGCAUGUUUCCCCCAGGACUUGUCGAGAGACUCAGCGGCAUUGCUCUGCCUGCCGUACCGGAGCAGACUCCGCAACAUGCUGAGCGGGUUGGUGCUCCACGUAUUGAAGCCGUGACUCGCCUUGUUCUUGAAGAAGCCGGCGGCAGACGGCAUGCAGGCGCAGGUGAUCCCGACGCACAUUUCCACCAGGGCCAUGAGGAGGACGGGGUAGAUCCAGAAUGUGUAGUCGUCGAGGCGAGCGUUCAGUUUGUUUUUGAAGUAUAUGCUUACGCACAUCAACCCAGUGGCAAAGACGGCCAUCACGCCAAUCUUUUUCUUGGUGCUGAGGCGCAGCUUGGAGACCGCAAUGAGAGGAAGAACAAAGAUGUAGGUGUCCAAGAACAGGCUUCCAGAGGCAAUAGGAAUGGUCAUGUUGAAGCUCUUAGUGUAGCGAUCGUUUAG